AUGCCCUCCGGGGAGGAUCUACUCUUCGAGGAAGAGUUGCUUCGAACUCCAGAUAGUGUCCAACUGUGGGCACGGUAUCUAGAAGCCAGAAAAGAACCCGAUUGCCCUCGCCGACGACUCAUUUUCGAGAGGGCCGUGCGAACCCUCCCUGGUAGCUAUAAGUUGUGGCAUGCCUAUCUAAAAGAACGUUGUGAAGCUACGCGCGAUCUCUGUAUAACCAGUCGGGUGUUCGACUCCUUGAACAACACGUUUGAGAGGGCCCUCGUAACAUUGUACAAGAUGCCGAAGGUCUGGGAACUCUACCUGGGUAUCUUGGUAAAACAACGGAGCAUCACCAAAGUGAGACAUACGUUUGAUAGAGCUCUUGCGGCCCUUCCGGUGACUCAACACGAGCGUAUAUGGAAGAUGUAUCUGGUCUUUGUAAAGAGGGACUUUAUACCUAUCGAAACAGCUCGCCAAAUUUAUAGGCGCUAUCUAAAGUUUGAGCCAGGACACGCGGAAGAAUACAUCGAGUUUCUGAAGGCCAGGCAUUUGUGGAGCGAAGCUGCAAGCUGGACUGCGGAGAUUCUAAAUGACGACACUUUUCAAUCACUUUCAGGUAAAUCAAGGCACGACUUCUGGGUAGACUUAUGUGAAAUUGUGACCAGGUAUCCUAAUGAUAUGGAAGUAAUAAAUGUUGAUGCUACGCUCCGAGGAGGGAUAGAGAAAAUGGAUUUCGAGACAGGAAGGCUCUGGGCAUCCCUGGCAGACUACUAUAUCAGGCGCGGGCUGUUUGAUAAAGCGUGUGAUGUGUUUGAGGAAGGAAUCACUUCCGUAAACACAGUGCACGAUUUCUCCCUAAUUUUUGAUGCAUAUGCACACUUCGAAGAGAGCACACUGAAUGCAAAGCUCGUGAUCGCUCGUGAAGAUGGUGAUCGCGCUGAUGCCAAAAGUAAUGAAGAUCACGGGGCUGACUUCUUAAAAGGCGAUACGGGUGACGAUGUGGACUUACGCCUCGCCCGUCUCGAGAAACUUGUGGGAAGGAGGCCUGAACUUAUUUCAUCGGUGAUGCUCCGGCAGAAUCCGCAUGAUAUUAGUGAAUGGAAAAAACGAGUUUCGAUUUUUGAAGGGGAUCCCGAGCGUCAAAUUCUUACUUUCACCGAGGCAAUACGGUCAGUUGACUCACUAAAAGCAGUGGGCAAAUACAACAUGCUAUGGGUUGAAUUCGGGAAAUUUUAUGAGAGGCACGAUGACAUUGUGAAUGCUAGAGUUGUGUUUGAAAAGGCUGUGCGUGCUACGUACCGCAAGGUCGACGACCUUGCUACUGUCUGGUGUGAGUGGGCUGAAUUUGAGCUGCGCCAGAACAAUUUCUCACAUGCACUGACCGUGCUUCGUCGGGCCACGGAGGAGCCUCCGAAACACGCUGGUGACGUGGUGUGUGUAUCGAGAGCAAAAUCACUGCAUGUGCAACAAUAUGCUUUCAAAUCAUUGAAGCUUUGGACAUUCCGCUGCGACCUUGAAGAAUCCGUGGGCUCCUUUCUAUCUGCUCGCGAUUGCUAUGACAGGAUGAUCAACCUUCAAGUUGCGACUCCACAAACGAUUCUAAAUUUUGCGGCGUUCCUUCAAGAAAAAGGACUCAAUGAAGAUAGCUUCCAAGUUUAUGAGCGGGGCGUCAAUCUUUUCAAUUUUCCUCACUCUCGAGACAUUUGGCGUGCAUAUCUCCACGAAAUUGUGAAAUAUUUUGGUGGAGAUAGAAUUGAACACACGCGUGAUCUGUUUGAGCAGUGCUGUGUAAACGCACCAGCUAAUCAUGCUAAGUUUUUUUAUUUAGAGUAUGCACGUCUGGAAGAAAACUUUGGCGUUGCAAGGCGUGCUAUGGACAUAUACAAACGCGCAUGCCAAUCCGUACCUGACGGAGAGAAGUUGGAAGUGUACAGGAUUUACAUUACACGCGCCAUGCAUUUUUUUGGGAUUGAUAUGGUUAGGUCAAUUUACCAGAAAGCAAUUGAAGAAGUCAUUUCCCGAGAUCUUGCAGUAGAUUUAAGUGUGCAGUACGCACACUUGGAGACGAAACUAGGGGAGUUGGAUCGCGCACGCGUGCUGUAUGUACACGCAAGCCAAUUUGGGAACCUGGCAGAGCGGACUGGAUUCUGGGACGAAUGGAAUCGGUUCGAAAUUCAUUACGGGAACGAAGAUACCUUUCGCGAGAUGUUGCGCAUCAAACGUUCAGUGAGUGCUAAUGUUAGGCAGAUGCACUUCAAUGUGGCAGUCACUGACAUUUCUUCAGGUGGCACGACUGAAUCAGGAGGAAAGGGAGAAGGUCAGAUCCCUGCUGAGAUAAUGCCCGUUGUCCGAGAUGUUGAUGGACAACGCGCGGCCGAUCCACUAGUUGAAAGUUCUUCUAGAAUUCAAGCAUCCCUGGUGUCGGGUCACAAUCCGGAUGAAAUUGACGUUGAUAUCACUGGAGAAUAGCAAAUGAAGCAAGCAGCUCCGCUUGGAUCCCUUUCGGUGCGGAAAGCUUUCAUCAAGACAAUUUGAAGUCUUGAUUUUUAAUUUAGCUCGAGCUUGCGUUUUACUGUCACAUAUAUUUCAUUAAUUUAAAAAGAACACCUAAAACACUUGGAGCAAUCCUGAUGAUGCCUGAUGACUUUUUUAUCCCAAUCACACACACCUGAGGGUACGUUAUGGCCGAUGGCCCCGAGGAUAGGAGUACGGUUGCGCUGCAGCUACCACCUAAAAAGUGGUACAGAAUGAAAAACCGCAACAUUAUCUGUGAAGCGCCAACCAUGACAAGCACAUUGUCUGAGCCACAGAUGAAGAACUAUGUUGGUACCAGGACCAGCACAGAGAAGGCACCCGUCACAACUUGCGAGGAGUAGGGAAAACGGCGCGUCGGCGCAAAAAGCAGGCAGUUGAGUGAUCAUGAUGCCCAGACAACAGUGUCAGAAGAGGCCACUUGAGAAACUUUGAGUCUCUUUGCCCCCACCGAUUGCAAGUAACUAAGUGCCGAUGCCAAGCAUAGUAUGACCAAUAUGGUCGCACAUUUAUAAGCGAACGCGAACUGGUCCUUCAUGAAACCUUUUGUGGGGUGUGUGAGUCAAUUGAACAUUUGUUGAAGCAGACUCAAGAAAGUUCACUGCCAAGAUAUUUGGAAUCGGAUCACUUUAAAUAUUUUAUUUAUUUUCGUCCCGCGCGACAUGAAGAAAGAGUCGAGUUAUUAGGCCUCAAGUGUGGUUCAGUUUAUGACGCAAAGAUGCCGUGUGCGUGGCAAGGGUUUAUCGGUCACUCGGGCCCGGUGUUUGUAGUGCAGUUAUAUUACGGGCCAAGUGAGUAAUAAGUUUUCGACUUCCUUUUGUGCACGCAGUUCAUCGGAAAUAUCACGUUGUAUUUUCAUACUGUGCAUUCCAUUCUCCGUUUCAUGUGGCUUCUUAUUAUUCUCGUCAGUGGAGUGCUGCCAACGUCGAGGGAAAUGCAAUUUCAUCUGAGACCGCUCAGUGAUAGUUCGGCAGCUCAGGUGAUACUCUGGGCAGCAAAAAGAAAUGCCUUUGAACCAGUUGAUUAAAGACGAUCAUUUGAUCUUGAAUUCUCAGCCGGGCGUGAUACGCCUCGAAGAAGCUUGGGUUCUGCUCUUCCAACUUUUGCCAAACAAGCGCUGUGAAACCAGGAUCAAUUUUGGCUUGUUUCUGGAGGAUGCAUACCACUUCACGCUGAUUCAUGUAAAGUUGGAGGCACCGUUCUACGAGGUUCUGCACGAGUUGGAUGUCCAGGGAGCAUAGAUUUUCGUGCAAACCAUGCGAGAUUUCGAGGGGAUUAUCUGACGAGGUCGCAAUAAUUUCAGCGGGACCUUCGCCUUCGGCAGCGGCGGGCGUCAGCCUUCCGUUCCUCUUCUGGACUGCUAUCCUUUCACUAGACAUUCGGUCCAAAGAUGCGCGACAGCCGAACUGAUGGAGCGGCGUGCCCGUCAAGUCACGUCGACUAAUUCCCUCACUUGUACAGACGAAGGUUACCCCUGAAGUGACAUUCGCAUAUGCAAUCGGGUUCCGUCUUAAGAAGCCAACACCCGC